UUUCUUUUUUUUCUUUUUUACAUGUCCGCACAAGAGGCAGCAAUAAGGCAUAUGGGGAACGACUUAGAGGUUGGAUUCUACAAUCAAACUUGCCCCCGUGCCGAGCAAAUUGUGGCUGAUGUUGUUUCCAGGGGCAUCGAGACGAAUCCACGCAAUGCUGCUGGCCUCAUCCGCCUCUUUUUCCACGAUUGCUUUGUCAAUGGCUGUGAUGCCUCACUUCUGUUGGACACAACACCAUCUGGUGAAAGUGUAGAGAAAGAUGCAGGAGCCAACGGUGCCACCCUCAGGGGCCUUGAUAUAAUUGACGAGAUCAAGACCCAGCUUGAGCAGCAAUGCCCUGGCACAGUCUCUUGUGCUGAUAUAUUAGCAUUUGCAAGCCGGGAAGCUGUUGCACGAUCUGGUCUAUCAAACUAUCCUGUCCCAGCCGGCCGCCGUGACAGUCUCUCUUCCCGUGUAGUUGAUAUACCUGGCAACAUCCCUGGUGCAAAGUUACGUCUCGAUGCUAUAGUAGAAAUCUUCACCAGGAAAGGCUUGACCAUAGAAGAAAUGGUUGUCCUAACCGGUGCACACUCGGUUGGCGCUUCCCACUGCCGCUUCUUUGAUUACAGACUAUAUAAUUUCAGCACAACUCAUAGGAGAGACCCUAACCUGAACACAGCAUAUGCUAAUUUUCUAUCAUCCAUGUGCCCAGCCCAACAGUUUUUUUUGUUUGCAGAAUUAAUCAGAGGUGAUCAACCCGUGUACUUCGAUCACUUAUCACCCAACAGGCUGGAGAACACAUUCUAUCUCAAGCUGUUGCAAGGGAUUGCACUGCUUGAAUCUGAUCAGGCAAUGGCUAAUACUCCCGGGACAAGGGAGAUUGUGAAUAGAAUGGCUUUUAAUCCAGGAGAAUGGUCAAACAAGUUCAGUCAGGCCAUGAUUCGGCUGGGGAUGGUGGAAGUGCUCACUGGAAUAGAAGGGGAGAUAAGGAAAGACUGUCGGGCUGUUAACUGA